UCAAGUGUCCAACAGCUGUGCUGAAAUACAAGCUGGGCCUUUUAAAAAAAGAUCACUGUCAGAAUAAGGCUCUAUGUGAGAAAUGCUUCCCAUACUUUCUAGCUUCAUGCCCACCCUUCUAUCUAUUUAAAUCUCCACAAGUCUUCCCUGCUUGUUAUUUGCUACAAGAAACAAUCUGAACUGAGUUUUAACAUAAGCAAACGUUGGAAAACCAUAGACAAAGCCAUGCCACCAAAAGAACACCAGUAUACCACACCUUCCAAGAGGGCGAUCAAAAAAAUCCGAAUGACUAGCUUGGUUAUCAGCUUAGCAAAAGGUUGGCAGCAAUGGGCAAGUGAACACAACACCAAGCAAGCCCAGGAACCUAGUGGAUGGGUACCUAAUGAAGAGAAAUCACCAAAUGAUCCAAGAGAGUGGACACCUCCUAAACAUUUGCCAACUUUCAAGAAAGAUGAGUCAAAAACUGAGAUACAAUUUCCCUCAGAACAUCAAGCGUCAAAUGAAGAUGGAAAACAAAGUCCAAAUGAGUCAACAGAAGCUCUUGAGAAAUUUAAUAUUAGAAGUAAAGGAGUUACCAAAAGUGUAAUAAGGUCACUCUCUGAAAGAAGUAGUGACAUUGGUCUUCUCAGCAACAAAUAUGAACAAGAUGAAUUUGCUGAGACAGGAAAGAUCAUCAAUGACCCUAAAAAUAUUGAUCAAAUCCUUAGUAAUAAAAUGUCUCCUACAAGAAGGAGAAAGUGCUCUAAUUUGGUAUCAGAGAUGACAAAGGGAUGGAAACAUUUGGAACAAGAAGAACUACAGGACUAUCGGAGCAACAGUUUAGAUACAGAAGACAGCGGCUAUGGUGAAGACACAGAGGAUGGACUAGACACAGAUAAUAAUAUCCAAGAAAUACGGAGUGUUGUGAGGAUAAAACAUCCCAUGGCCUCAUACAAGAAUAAAAAUCUCAAGUUGUCUAAGAAUUACAAUCCUGUCUACAAUCUAAAGGAGCGAUGGGAAGGAUGGGCUGAUGAACAUGUGAUAGUACAAAAACUCAAUCCUUUCAGUGAGGAGUUUGACUAUGAGCUUGCUAUGGCCACCCGUCUGCAUAAAGGAGAUAAGGGCUAUGGUCAUCCUAAAGAAGGUACGAAGACAGCAGAACGAGCCAAGAGAGCAGAGGGCCACAUCCACCGGGAGAUGAGAGAUAUGUGUUUCAUUAUCAGAACAAUGGCUCAGCCUCAACGUGAUGGCAAGAUCCAAGUCACUUUUGGUGAUCUCUUUGAAAGAUAUGUUCACAUUUCAGAUAAAGUGGUUGGAAUACUCCUGAGGGCCAGAAAACAUGGAAUGUUAGACUUUGAGGGAGAAAUGUUGUGGCAAGGCCGGGAUGAUGCUGUUCUAAUAACCUUGUUAGAAUAAGGUCUUUUUCUUCACAGGAUAAAACAAAAGGGCAUUCUUGUAUUCAGAAUGUUUUAUCAAAAGUUUUAUCAGAAAGAUCGACAGACAUCAAAGCUUUCAUCAGUACUCAGAACUUAUUAUUACUUAACAAUAGUAUCUCCAUAUUAUUCCAUCUAUGUGUUAUUAUUUGUUAAGUACAUAGAUCAGUGAUGGUGAACCUUUUAGAGACCGAGUGCCCAAACUGCAACCCAAAACCCACUUAUGCAUUGUCGGGUGCCGGGUGGGUGUGGCCCAUUGGGUGGGCGUGGCUCCAAUGGGA